UUCCCAUACUAUCCCCUGGCAUGUCAAGUUGCAUUCUGAAACUCCAUGGGACAAGACUGUCUUUUCAAGUCGCUCAAGGUUGGCCCAACAUCACAAAUCUUAAACGUGGCCCUAUCAUUUUUAAAAUUCCGUCUUCACAUAAGUAAUCGCCCCGACAAAUGGCAACGCCAACUCUCAAAGCAAGAAAAGGAAAAAAAAUCGCUUUCCUCACACUCCCAUUCUUCCUUCCUUUCCUGAGUGAAGAAAAGAGACAUAGGAAUUAACUCACCACAGAUUUUCACAAGACACUCUUAACACCACAAAAUCCAAAACCGAAUUCUCAUUUUCAUCUUGUUCUAACACUAUCGUUUCUCUUCCAUAUCUAUUUCCCUUGCCUACACCAAACUUUUCUGUCCUCCUCUGCCUAACCUCCUUUCAAGGUACCUAAAUAGAAUUAAAUAACCUCUUUAUCUCUUUUUUUUACCUAAAUAAAAUUAAAUAACCUCUUUGUCUCUUUUUUUUUUUUUUUUUUUGUCUUUCUUUCUGCACCAAUAAGUUUACAUGGUACGUUUCACUACCUUCUACUUCAGUUUUUCUUUUUUCGGACUCCAUCGACCUGGUUCUGUCUUUGAUCUUGCCUUAGGGUCUUGAUAAGAACAGUGUUUAUCCUCUACCCUUUUGCUUUAAAAUCUUGAUGUUCACUCUAUUAGUUUUUUUUAUUCAGGUGGUAUAACUUGUCAGCUCUAGAUCUGUUAUUCUAUUGUUGUUUCUAUUACCAAGAAGGGCUGUACUUUUUGAAGGUAGUUAGAUAGUAAAAACCCCAGAUACUGGAAAUUUUCAUUGAAUUAAUCGGUUGCGAUCUAUCAUUGUCUUGAAAUAUGCAAACAAGAGUUGGGUCGGUUGGGUCGGUUGGGUCAUUAGAUGAAGGCAAGGAUCCUGUGGUAACAACUAGGACAAGCCAAUCUAGGACUUUGCCACUAAGAGUACUUCAGUUAUUUGGUUUAUUUCUUGCUCUCUGUAUUGCCUUUUCGAUCAUUAGUAUAUAUACAAUCCGGCGCUUUGGAAUUUAUAGUGUGGUAACUACAGUUAAGUCUAAUUUUGUGCCUUGUGUUGAAGAACCAAAUAGUUUGGAUCAUUGGAGAAAACCUCCGUCGAAUUUGCUUCACUCAAUGAGUGAUAAAGAGUUAUUAUGGAGAGCAUCUUUCGUGCCUCAGAUAGAGAAGUAUCCAUUUAAUAGACUUCCGAAGAUUGCUUUUAUGUUCUUGACCAAGGGGCCAUUGCCACUUUCUCCUCUUUGGGAGAGGUUUUUGAAGGGGCAUGAAGGGCUUUAUUCUGUCUAUAUUCAUUCGCUGCCAUCCUUCAAUGCCGAGUUUCCUCCUUCUUCAGUUUUCUACAGGAGACAAAUCCCAAGUCAGGUGUCUGAGUGGGGAAAGAUGAGUAUGUGUGAUGCUGAGAGAAGGCUCCUUGCCAACGCCUUGCUUGACAUAUCUAAUGAAUGGUUUAUCCUCCUCUCUGAAUCUUGCAUACCUUUAUACAAUUUCAGUGUCAUCUACCACUACAUAAAGAAAUCCAAGUAUAGUUUCAUAGGUGCAUUUGAUGACCCUGGACCAUUUGGUAGAGGACGUUACAAUGAGAAUAUGGCUCCUGAGGUGAAUGUCACCCAGUGGCGUAAGGGGUCCCAAUGGUUUGAAAUUAACCGAAAGCUUGCAGUCAACAUAGUGGAAGAUAUUACAUACUACCCAAAGUUUGAACAGUUCUGCAGACCAGCAUGUUACGUUGAUGAGCAUUAUUUCCCCACCAUGUUAACAAUUCAGGCACCAAACCUCUUAGCAAAUAGAAGCAUCACAUGGGUAGACUGGUCAAGGGGUGGGGCUCAUCCUGCUACAUUUGGUAGGGCGGACAUUACAGAAGAGUUCUUCAAGAGACUCUUCGAAGGUCAUCAGUGCAGGUAUAAUGAUCAGCUGUCUUCGAUUUGUUUUCUUUUCGCCAGAAAGUUUGCUCCAAGCGCUUUGGAGCCUUUGUUACAGGUAGCACCAAGGGUGUUGGGCUUCUAACUUCCAAGUGAUGAAUGAAUAAAACCUGACAGUGCCAGAUUUAGAUCCUGAAGCAAAAUCUGAAGUGGAGAUUGGGUCGAUGAGACUAUGGUAGCAUUCCCGGUACAUUCUAUGAUCUCAUUACGUAAAUGGGUCUUCUUUUUUGUCUUUUGCUUUUAUAAAUUUAACCCUCAUCAGUCAUAUGAUAUGGUUUCUGACUUUGUAUACUCUCCUAAUUCUUUGGCACUCCCAAAACCAUUCUGUAUAUACAGAAAAUUGACUCCCAACGGUUGUGGUAUAUUCACAUUUUUGUAUUAAGAUUAGAAUAGUUAGGACAUUAGAUAGUGCAUUGUAUUUUGGUUUGUGCGCUUUUCACUACCCUCUCUUUUGGGAUUAGGUUGAACUUAGAAUAUGGCAUCAUGUAAAAACGUUGGCUAUGAUUAUGAUUGAAUGAUUUGGUAAGGGAACAUAAUUAUGUUAAAAAUGCAUUUUCUUCCUUAUUAUACUAUUAGCGGGGUCAGAUCUUCACCAAAAUUCACCCAAAUAUCCCUUUUUCUUCUUUAAU